UAACGUGGCCAUUGACUUCCGGUCUGUGACAAUGCCGCUUGCUGCAGUUCAACAGGCGAUUUUCCAGCAGGCUGCUUCCAUUGAGCCUAUGCAGGUAGAUGCUCCAGAGGAAAAUGAAAACAUUGAAGAAGAGCAGCCGUAUGUGGUUGAGAACACCACCCUUGACUUGGACACCUAUGCAGCGAGUUACACUGGACUUGCCAAACUUAACCGUCUGAUAUAUGUAGCUGACCACUGCCCACCACUACGUGUAGAGGCCCUCCGCAUGGGACUGCAGUAUGUGAUGACAACAUACAACACUAACAUGUAUCAACAGAUUCACAGAAAGUUACAGGAGGCAUUGGCUGGACCCAAAGUAAAGAUGGAGGCUGGGUGGUGAUCACUAAACUGAAAUGUGCAGCAGGACUGGCAGAACUGGCCACUAAAAAAUAUAAAUCUGCUGCCAAGUACUUCCUUCAGGCCAGCUUUGACCAUUGUGAUUUUCCUGAGCUCAUCUCUGCCAGCAAUGUUGCAACAUAUGGGGCACUGUGUGCCUUGGCUUCCUUUGAUAGACAGGAGUUGCAAAAACAUGUCAUGGCCAGCAGUUCCUUCAAACUGUUCUUAGAGUUAGAACCUCAGCUCAGAGAUAUUAUUUACAAGUUUUAUGAGUCAAAGUAUGCAUCUUGUCUAAAACUUUUGGGAGAAAUUAGGGAAAACUUACUGUUAGAUCUGUAUAUUGCUCCACAUGUUAAUACGCUGUAUACACAAAUUAGAAACAGAGCACUAUGCCAGUAUUUCAGUCCAUACAUGUCUGCAGAUAUGGGAAAGAUGGCAGAAGCCUUCAACACCACAGUGAAUGCUUUGGAGGAUGAACUGAUGCAACUGAUUCUGGAUGGCCAGAUCAAUGCACGCAUUGAUUCUCAUAAAAUGGUACUUUAUGCAAAGGAUAUUGACCAAAGGAGCUCAACCUUUGACAAAGCAUUACAAAAGGGAAAAGAUUAUCAAAGGAGGACAAAGGCACUUAUCUUGAGAUCAGCUAUGUUAAAAAAUCAAAUUCAUGUUAAGAGUCCUCCCAGGGACAGUGGUCAAGGAGGUGAAAUGUCCAUUGCUCCUGGCAGCACAGGUGCUAGGAACUGAGUGACCAGGACUGUAUACUAAUUCAGCUUUAAUAGCUUGGAAAAUAUAGACUACAAUAUGUAGCAUAUCAACACUGAGAUAGCUACAUGGCAGAGUCAUGUUUAUAGUUGAAACACUUGAACAUAUGUGCUUCAGCAAGUUCCAUGUUUUAAGAAUGCUAUCAUUGUUGUUAUGUUUAAAUACAAAAGACUUUUUGUGUGCAUUCCAACAUUUCCAUUUGUUGAAAUCCACCUUGCUUUUGAUAUAAACUAUUGACAUUGGAUAUGAAAUGAUUAUUUGGUAUGUGUUCCAGAGAUCCAGGUUUCAGUGUGCUGUCACUUACUGCAAAAUUAUGGAAGUAUGAUGGGAGGUCAAACCUAACAUCACGACAAUGACAAUAAAGCAAUGCUCCAAAUUGAGGUGUCAGAAAAGUGUCUAAAUUCAAAAUUGUGAAGGCA